AUGCCUUCUCUUCUCAAGUUCGCUGCCGCCGCUCUGGCCGUGGCUCAGGCUUCCGCUCAAACUUAUACUACUUGCAACCCCCUGGACGGCACUUGCCCCGCUGAUAAGGGAACAACUGAGUCUAAUCUGAGCUUCGACUUCACUCAGAGUCUUGAUGACUGGACUACCACCGCUGGAACUGUUAACACUGGCUCCAAUGGUGCCGAGUUCACCAUUAACAAGCAGGGUGAUGCGCCCACCAUUGAGACUGAUUUCUACAUCUUCUUCGGUGAUGUCUCUGUUACCAUGAAGGCUGCUCCUGGCACUGGUAUCGUGAGCAGUAUCGUUUUCGAGUCUGAUGACCUCGAUGAGAUCGACUGGGAGGCUCUUGGCGGAGAUUCCACCCAAAUUGAGACCAACUACUUCGGAAAGGGCGACACCAGUACCUACAACCGUGAUACCUGGCCCGCCGUCUCCGAUCCUCAGAACACAUGGCACACCUACAAGGUGUCCUGGCAGAAGGAUGCCAUCAUCUGGUACAUUGACGGUGUUUCCGUCCGAACUCUCGAGUACGCCGAUGCUUCAAGCGGUACCCGAUUCCCUCAGACUCCUAUGCGUGUCCGCAUUGGUAUCUGGGCUGGUGGUGACCCCACCAACGGUGAGGGAACUAUCGAGUGGGCCGGCGGCGAGACUGACUACGCCGAUGUUCCUUUCACCAUGUACGUGAAGUCCGUCGAGAUCACCAACUCCAACCCCGCUGAGUCCUACACCUACACCGACACCUCCGGCUCUUACGACAGCAUCAGUCUGAGCGGUGCUGCUGCUCUCAGCCAGACUGAUAGCUCUUCCUCUUCCUCAUCUACCUCCACCUCCACUUCUUCCUCCACCAAGUCCUCCAAGACUUCCACCACCGAUGCCACCUCGGCUACUACUACUGACACUUCUGCUAGCGCUACACCUACCUACAAUGCCGCUGUCAACGUUGCUAGCAACUACUUCGCUCCCAUUUCCCUCCUGGCUCUGGUUGGUGCUUUCAUCCAGUUGUAA